AUGAUCAUCUGGGUCCAGCUCCCAGCUUUCCCGGUCCACUUCUACCAUAAGGAAGUGCUAUUCUCGCUGGGGAAUAUGAUCGGACGCACUAUCAAGCUUGAUUAUCACACCCUUCAUCAACAGCGGGCAAGAUUCGCUAGGAUUGCGGUGGAAAUCGAUCUAGCAAAGCCACUGGUGACCAGAGUUCGGCUUGAUGGAGCCUGGCAAUACUUGGAGUAUGAAAAUCUACCGGUUUGCUGUUUUGAAUGUGGGAAAAUCGGCCACACUAAGGAGACCUGCCCCAACCUGAAACCCCCCUCUCCUCCGCAGCUAAGCUUGGUGGUGGCUGGGGUCUCGCCGUCGCCGUCGCCGGAAACGACUACCGCGCCGGAAGAGAAAUCAACAUUCGGACCUUGGAUGCUUGUUACCCGAAAAUCGCGGCGAGGAAAUAGCACCACAAGAAAAGGAAAUUCCGAUUCCUCCAAUAAUGACAGCGGAUACCAAGUUAAGGGCGGAAAUGGAAAGGCCACCAUGAGAGAGGGCUACGCCACAGCCGAACUUUCCCAGGGAGCAAAUCGCGCGGGGCCUCAACGGGCUGAAGGAGGAAAUGGCGGAAAUAAAUCAGACAAAGAUCGGGGGACCAUGGCAGGGAAAAAGGGGAAAGAUGGAUCAGAGGAUGGUGCGUCCAUGGCAGGGAAAAAGGGGAAAGACAGAUCAGAGGAUGGGUACGGUAAAGAAAGAGGGAAAAGCAUUCUCGGCCCAGUCCCUCCUAAACAGCAUUCCAACUCGUCAAGGCCCAAAAACGCUCCCUCUAAGAAUAAUGGGCCGUCGGGAUCAGGCACUAAGCCCAUGCAACUUUCUAGCCCUCGGAAAGUGCUCUUUGCUGGGUUGGAUCAGGCCCCAAGCUCUCCCUCUUUGACAACCUUACCCAGCGCAAAAGGAACGACCAUACAACUGGUUAUUCCGGCCCAACCGAAAGAAAAUGCCGACCAACCAGUAGUGGAAAGUUCGCCAUCUGCUUCGGCUCGCACCAAAGGUCUGAAAAAGCAACGGAAGAAAAGUAAAUCGCCGGGCAAAGCGUCGAGACCGAUGGCGGCAAAGGCGCUUCAAAUCUGGACGCCGGUAAAAGAAAGGAAAAGCAAGGCACGAUCGAAGAUGGCGGCGCUAACGCUCCAAGAGAUCGAAGCGUGGACUGGCGCGGCCAACCGGGCAGAGGGAAUCGAAGUUCUUGAAUCCAUUCCCGGCGACAGCAUCUCGGCGGCAAAGGAGAAGGCCAUUCAGCCCUCCUCCAUCUGA